CCUCUUCUCCUUCUCCUUCUCCUUCUUGUUCUUGUUCUUGUUCUUCAAAUUAAACAUCAAUCACACAAACACAAAUACACACACAAUAUUGAUUGAAGAUCUCUCCAUUGAUCAUUGGAUGAGUUUUCCAUGUCUCUAGAGCAAAUGGCAUGCAAUGGCAUGGCCUCCCCUUUCUUCCCACCAAACUUUCUUCUCCAAAUGCAAACCCCUCAUGAAGAUCACCAUGAACAUACCCAACCUUCUUCCACCACUCUCUCCCCUCUCCUUCCUGCCACUACCCCUUGCACAACCACCCCUCCAGACUUCAGAGCAAUGCUUGGCAAGAGAUCCAUGUCAUUCUCUGGUAUUGAGCCAUGUGAAGAGAUGACUGGAGAUGAUGACCUCUCUGAUGACUGUUCCCAAGCCGGUGAGAAGAAGAGAAGGUUAAACAUGGAGCAAGUGAGGACACUUGAGAAAAACUUUGAGCUUGGGAACAAGCUUGAGCCAGAGAGGAAGAUGCAGCUGGCUAGAGCUCUUGGCCUUCAACCUAGACAAAUUGCCAUCUGGUUCCAAAACAGAAGGGCCAGGUGGAAAACUAAACAAUUAGAGAAAGACUAUGAUGUUCUCAAGAGACAAUUUGAGGCUUUGAAGUCUGAGAAUGAUGCUCUCCAAGCUCACAACAAGAAACUCCAAUCUGAGCUUUUGGCUCUGAAAGGGAGGGAAAUAUCAGAACCAAUAAACCUGAAUAAGGAAACUGAAGGCUCUUGCAGCAACCGAAGUGAGAACAGCUCAGAGAUAAACUUAGACAUUUCAAGAACAUCAGUAACUGAAACAAGUCCUUUAAAUCAACAGCAAAACAGCAGAGCUUUCUUCACUGCAGUGAGACCUGGAAGCAUGACUCAACUCCUUCAAGCUGGUUCUACAAAGAUUGAAAACAGCGCACCUGAAGAGAACUUGUGCAACAUGUUCUGCAACAUGGAUGAUCAGUCAGCCUUCUGGGCCUGGUCCGAACACAACCACAACUUCCAUUAAACUCAUACACUCAAGAGAUCCAAUCCCUGUUUAAAUAAUUUUGAUAGAAUGAAUGUUUGAUGGCUCCUUUGCAUGUGCCAUGAAAAUAAACACAAGGGCAUAUCCUCCCUUCUUUUUUCUUCUUCUUCUUCUUCCUUCUUCUUCUUUAAUUACAUUUUUAUAUAUAUUUAUAUGUA